CAGGGCUCGGGGUCUCGGCGGCCCGCGGAGCCUCUCACCGGCGUGCAUAAGGCUUUGCCUUUCCGACUUCAGCUACAGUGUUAGCUAAGUUUGGAAAGAAGACCACGAGGAACCCCCCGGGCGCUUUCUGUUUUGCCCUUUGCCGUAGCUGUCGCUGGGGUCUCUCCGGACGAGGCUGCUGGGUCUGCAUCGGUGCCAUCGCCAGGUCCUGGGGCUCGGGUGAGCGAACACCUCACCUCGACAACGACGCGAGCGCCUGGUGUCAUGACCCGAGCCGAGGAGCAGGGCCGCCGGGGAGGAUGCUGCGGAUCCGUUGCAAAAUACCUGACCUCGGCAAAAUUCCUCCUCUACCUUAGUCAUUCCCUCUCCACUUGGGGGGAUCGCAUGUGGCACUUCGCAGUGUCCGUGUUUCUGGUUGAGCUCUACGGAAACAGUCUCCUUCUGACUGCGGUGUAUGGGCUGGUGGUGGCGGGGUCGGUACUGGUCCUGGGAGCCAUCAUCGGUGAUUGGGUGGAUAAGAACGCCAGACUGAAAGUGGCCCAGACUUCCCUGGUGGUACAGAAUGUUUCAGUCAUCGUGUGUGGAAUCAUCCUGAUGAUGGUUUUCUUACAUAAAAAUGAGCUCCUGACCAUGUACCACGGAUGGGUCCUUACUUCCUGCUAUAUCAUGAUCAUCACUAUUGCAAAUAUUGCAAAUUUGGCCAGUACUGCUACAGCGAUAACAAUCCAGAGGGACUGGAUCGUUGUUGUUGCAGGAGAGGAUAGAAGCAAAUUAGCAGAUAUGAACGCUACCAUACGAAGGAUUGACCAGUUAACCAACAUCUUGGCCCCCAUGGCUGUGGGUCAGAUCAUGACAUUUGGGUCCCCAGUCAUUGGCUGUGGCUUCAUCUCAGGAUGGAAUUUAAUGUCUAUGUGUAUGGAGUACUUCCUGCUCUGGAAGGUCUACCAGAAAACCCCUGCACUGGCUGUGAAAGCAGCCCUUAAAGUAGAGGAGGCUGAAUUGAAACAGCUGAAUGUACCCAAAGAUACUGAGCCAAAACCCGUGGAGGGAACUCAUCUAAUGGGCGAGAAAGAGCCCAACAUCCAAGAACUUGCACCCAAGCAAGAGCCCACCUGUGCCUCCCAGAUCACCGAGCCCUUCCGUACCUUCCGAGACGGAUGGGUCUCCUACUACAACCAACCAGUGUUCCUGGCGGGCAUGGGCCUCGCUUUCCUUUAUAUGACUGUCCUGGGCUUUGACUGCAUCACCACCGGCUACGCCUACACCCAGGGGCUGAGCGGGGCGGUCCUGAGCAUCCUCAUGGGCGCCUCGGCCAUCACUGGGAUAAUGGGGACUGUGGCUUUCACCUGGCUGCGCCGCCGCUGUGGGCUGGUUCGGACCGGUCUGAUCUCAGGCUGGGCCCAGCUGUCUUGUCUUAUCCUGUGCGUGAUCUCUGUGUUCAUGCCCGGAAGCCCCUUGGACUUGUCCGUUUCUCCUUUUGAAGAUAUUCGUUCUAGGUUCGUCCAAGGAGAGCCGAUGUCCACCACCACCGGAAUACCUGACACCAUCUUCACCCCCGAGGUGCACACGUCCAACGGGUCUGACGCUGGCCAUGCCGUCCUGGAGAUGAGUACCAAGCCCGUGCCCAUCAUCUCCGUCAGCCUGCUCUUCGCAGGCGUCAUUGCUGCUAGAAUCGGUCUUUGGGCCUUUGAUUUAACUGUGACACAGUUGCUGCAAGAGAAUGUAAUUGAGUCUGAAAGAGGCAUUAUAAACGGUGUACAGAACUCCAUGAACUACCUUCUGGAUCUCCUGCACUUCAUCAUGGUCAUCCUGGCUCCGAACCCCGAAGCAUUUGGCUUGCUCGUGUUAAUUUCAGUCUCCUUUGUGGCGAUGGGCCACGUUAUGUAUUUCCGAUUUGCCCACAAAACUCUGGGCAACCAGCUCUUUGUUUGUGGUUCUCCAGAAAAAGAAGUUUCAGAUGAAAAUCAAACCAAUACAUCUUCUGUGUGAGGCAGGUUAGCUGUGGCCAUCCCUGUUACUAGAUAAUCUCAAGCGUAUAUGCUUAUUUUGUGCUUCAGGUUUCUAAUAAAUGCCUGGGUGUUUCUCUCUGGUUUUACCACAGCUUUGUCUGAGAGGCUAAGAGCUAGUAGGAAAUCUAAAUCAGCACAAUGAGCGGGUGUGUUUCCCUCACAUUUAGAUACGGAAAAGAAAAAGAAAAGAAAAUGUUUAAGUAUAGGGAGACUAGAAUGGUUAAAGUGAACUUUCCUGUUCUUCUGAGUAGAUGAGAUUUUUGUAAACAAUGGUUAAACAUGAAUUAAGUUAUUGUUUGGCAGAUAUUUAUUAUCUGUGCUAGAAUUCAGGUAAGUCAGUUUUCCCUACAACUCAAUUCUAUUCAAACCUGGCUAAUUGACUUGUUUAAUGUCUUACUUACCAGUUACAUUAUAAAAACAAGUUCUCCAAAUAUGAAGAUUACUGUUUGAUAACCAGUAUUACCCUUAUUGAUCUUAUUGAUCUUCAAGGAUUUGAUGUAUGGAAAAAUGAAACACUUAGCUAGAAUUCUCUAAUAAUGUUUAUGGUUUAACUUCAGAGAGCACUUUUAUAUUUUUAUCAAAUGGGCAAAAUAUUGUAUUAAGCAUAUGUAACUUCAUGAAAUGGCUAUCAGAAAAGCUACUGGUAGAAGCAAAGCUGUAGUGUAGUUUUACAAAGCAGUGAAUGGGCAGAGAGUUUAAAGCUGUCAGUAGUUCGGCCAGAGAAGCUAGAAGCUAAACGCUAAACACAGGCGUGAGAGCCUAAAUUGAUCCGUGCCAAUCUCAUUCAUAUUGUCUCUCUUAUUCUAUGGGAGAGCGGCCCUCAUACAGAAAGGAGCCCAUACUUGGGAAGGUUUUGUUCUAGAAAUCCUUUGAAUUACUUUUCUGCAUGCUCGAGCAGGACACUGACUUUUACUGGUUUAUGCCAGAUGUUAUCUGUACCUUGUUCUAGAGCGAGAAUUGUGGAAAAGUUUCCCUUUUAAAUCUCUUUGUAAACAAUAAACCAAAAAAUCUUUGUACCUGUUUUUUAAAAAAAACAACAACUGGAUUCCAGGUCCUUUCACAAAAUGCCAGUACCAGCAGGGUACCUUGCCUUAACCUUUCAUGCACUUUCAUGGAGACUGCAAUACAUCGCUGUGUGCACUUUCCUCAGCCUCGGUGUUUAUUCUUCAUCUUUCUACAUAUGACGUAAUGAGUUGCCAUGUUGUAAAAUCUUUGUAAAAUAUUUCUAUAUAAAAAUAUUUUUAAAAACUUAA